AUGGAUGUCGACGAUGCUAACCCUGCCACACAGCCCACUUUCCUGGGGGACUACGAUUUGGAUGACAGUCUCAAGCUACAGGCCUUGGACGAUGACUCUGACCUUGAACCUCCCCCCCUGGCUCAAAAACACAUGUCCCGCUCCAUCUUCCCAGACUUUGACUUGCCAGUCGUGAGUCAGAAGCGCAAAAUAUCACCUCUUAGGGACGAUGACGACUUAUUGAUAUCGUCUGAAGUUGAAAUUGUGGGGGGUAUCAAGAAUGAACCUACUGAGCCAGUGCCCAUGCGCCGUUUGACAUCUACAACUAAUGUCACUGCGACGCUCAAAGCACCCCCAGCAAAGUGGGUGAAGUCCGAGUCCUCUGGUACCAUGGAUCCCCCCCACAUCAUCGCUGCUCCAUCCAGGGCAAUGGCAUGUUCUGCAUACAGGAAGAAGCAUCUCCCCCAGGGUUGUCAGGAUGGAAAUAAGUGGGCAAGGGAGUUCAUCCCCACCAUCAUUUGCUACAUUGGUGAUCAAGAUGAAGUAUGGACUCUUUCUGACGAUAUACUAUGUCCUAUCUUGCAGUCAAUUUGGAAUGUGGUCUACAAGACCAAGACUCCACAUACGGUUGAAGCUGAUGGGGCGGUCAUUGCUCUGACUCUUCAGCACUUGUCAGAAUGGCGCAAUACUAUCAGCAAUGUGGCCCUCGUCAUACUCACAAACUUCAUGAGUUCGCAGGGCGACCUCAAGACUGAUCAGUGUUACGCACUCAAAUAG